AUGAAUACAAGUGAAUUACAUUAAUUAGGAGAAGCUUUUGAAAUGAUGUAAGCUGGUGAUAUAUUUAAAUAAAUUAUUAGGCAAGAGGGAAUUCUUAUCUCGAUUUGAUAUGGAGACUAAGAUUGCUGCUUAUUAAAAAAUGAAGUUUGGUUAUGAAUAAAUUAUCCAUUUUUAGUAAGAACUAAAUGAUUAGGUUCUUAAUUCUGAAUUAAACUUAGAAAUUGAAGAAUAUAAUACUUAACUUAUUAAUUUCAAGGAACUCUUAUAAAUGAAUAAUUUAGAAAUGUUAUAUUAAAUUUGUAAUCCUGAUAAAAAGUAAUUAUUGUUAAUAUGAUUGUAAGAUUAAGUUUUGAAAAUGAUUUCAUUUAAGUAAAAUAGAAGCCCAAAGUUGGAGACAAAGAUAUAUUGCAAUUAGAAUCAGUUAAAAACACUAUGAAAGAAAUAGCUUUACCUUUUAAGUUUCCUCAAUUUUUUCAAAAUUGUUGUUAUUAUUAUGAUAUCAUACUUCUUUAUGGAGUAUUUCAUUCUUAUUAUUAAAGGCUCCUAAUUCUGGUAAAAAAUACUUAAUAGAAUAACGAUGCAUUCAUUAAAUUUUUGAUUUUGCCAGAAGCAUGUAGCCAUCAAUUCUAUUAAUUUAUGAUCUAGAGUAAAUAGGAAAGUAGAAUUUAAAUAGUAAUCGAACUAAUUUAAACAUCUUUGUUGAAUUAUUAAUAGAGUUAGAUAAAUAAAGGCAUUAAGAGAGUUUCAAGUUUUAAAUCAUUGGAAUUUCAAGUUACCCAUGGAAUAUAAAUCCUCCAGUCCGAAGAAGGUAAAAUAAUUUAUAUAAAAAUUUAGAUUUAGUAAAAGAAUUUAUAUACCUUUACCGAAUCGUCAACAAAUUGUGGAUUUAUUAAAUGAAAAGCUAUCAAAUAUGAAACAUAAGCUAACUUUGCAAUAAUAAGAUCAAUUAACCAACCUAUUUCAAGGUUACACAUGUUGUGAUAUCUCCAAUAUACUAUAGAUGGCUUAUGAUUAAACUUGGAAUAUCAAUAAAUAGAACAUAUAAAUCAAAUCAGAAUGUGCAGAUAAUAUUAUUGAAUAUGUAAGAAUAAAUUAGAAUUUAGGGCGACAUUCUUAAUGUACUUAGAAAGUACAAGCAAGUAAUUUCAGAAGAUUACAUCAACAAAUUAGAAGAAUGGAAAGCAAAUUUUGAUGACUGAAGGUAAAAUAUUGAUACUACUUAUGUUCAUAAUAUGCAUCAAUCCGAAAAUAUACAAUUUAAAUUUAUUAUUAAGAACUUACUAAGUGGGGGAUUGAUAUCAUUAUUCCAAAGAUAAUGAUAAUUCUUUUGCUAAAGUGCCCUCCUUGCAAGAAUCUCUCUCAUAAUUGAAGAAUAAAUUAUAAAUUUGAGUCUUUCAUUUUAGUAAUGAGAACAAUUAGUUCCUCACGUUUGGUAUUUAUUCUAUUGAAUCAAAAAUCCAAAUCAUAUUUAAUGAUACAAAGAAAC